AUGACUUUUACAAUAACAUCGUUAAGACCAACUUUAUGUAUUUUUACGUUAUUCAUAUUAUUCUUUUUUACCCUUUGGAGCAUUAACAGAUAUUUCUACACUAAACUAGAGGAAAUUGAAGAAAUAACAUCGGAACAAUCAGACAUCAAUAUAAACAGAAAAUAUUGUACUGCAGAUAAAUGUAAAUUUUUAUUCACGUAUACUGUUGAAGAGCAAGAAUCUCAGUCAAAUAGACAUUUUGAAUCUCUCAUACAAAUUGCGCAGCAACUGGGCCGCACAAUGGUGUUAACUAAUGUUGAAAAAUCUCGAAUAUCAUCACGUAAUCAUUUCCCUUUUAACUUUUAUUAUAAUGUUGAUGAAUUAAGUAAAGAAUUUCCUCAAGUAAAAUUUAUUUUACAAUGUGAAUUUCAAAAGUGGGCCGAAGAGCGAUACAAUAAAUCAGAUACCAUACAUGUGGUGCUUGAAAAUUCAAAGUCUAAUCCAAAUUAUACGGUUCAAUAUGACACUCCAUAUAUUGAUGAACUUGUAAAAGAAUAUGAAAUGGAUAGAUUUAAUUUAAAAUUAGAUAAUUCAACAAUAUUUAAACGAAUAAGCAUCGGUACUAAUGGUAGAUCCCCGAGAAAAGGUGGUAAAAACAAUGACCUAAAAAAUUUUUUAUCAGAAGAAUUAGAAAGUAAUGCUGAAGUUAUGCUGAUAACACAGAAAGGAAUACGAGGCCCGAUAUUUGAAAGACUUACACCGAUACCAUAUGCAAGUCAUAUAACUAAUGCGGCUUCAAACCUUACAAACCAACUGAAACCAUAUAUCGCAAUUCAUUGGCGUAUGGAAUCAGCCAAAUUAAAUCUGAUGCCAAAAUGCGCUGAAAGUCUUGUUACUUAUCUAAGAAAUCUUUCAUUAACAACUGGAAUUACGACCAUUUAUUUGGCUACGGAUUAUCCACUUGCCGAAUAUAAGAAUAAGACAGCACAGUCAGAAACAUUUAGUCAUAUAUAUGAAGAACACCAUACAGCAAUGAAAAUUUUAAAUUCUUCACUUAAUAUAAACACUUGGGUUUCAACACACGCGUUAGAUUAUCUUCAAUUAACACUAGAUCCUACAAAAAAGGAACUCCUACUAAAAGAACUUAGUGGUGGUGGUAUCCAAGGAAUCUUUGAUAAAUUAAUUUUAAUACAAGCCGAUUAUUUUAUAGGCGGUCCCAAAAAUUGUUGUAGAUACUUAAGUACUUAUACAUUACAAGUUGAGGAAGCAAGGAUGCAAUUACUUAAGAAUAACGGAACAAUUAAAAAUAAAAUUGAUCGAUGGAAACUAUAUUAG